AGCGACGGCAAUUACGAACUCGGUUUGACAGCCUUUGAAACCUAUAAGGGUGAAGUCCCAUGGAGGCAGCGUACGGCGUACCGGCGUAUGGCGUACAGGAACUAGACCAAUCACAGGCUUUACGCCCGUUUCGUUACGCCAGCACGGAUGUUACGCUGACUUUUGUAGCGUUCCAACGUUACGUUACACAUAACAUAAAAUGUGGUUAUUGCGGCUCAAUACUAACCGUCGACACACAAGAACAAAUUUUGUGUCACAAUUGUUUUCAAAAGUAUGAUGAAGAGAGACAUGCUAUAUCUAUAAACGAAGACUUUGUUGCAAUUAUUGUUGAAGCCAGCAAUGAAAUAGUAUCAGAGGACACUAGCAAUGAACAGUACUCAACAGAUCACCGUGAUGAGAUGCUAAUUAACAUUGUACAAACAAAACCAGCAUUAUGGAAUUUCCAAAUUCCACUUAGGGAACGGACAAAGGCGAAAAAGAAAGCGCUGUGGAAGGAGGUUGAAAAUAUGUUAGGAGUUAAUUUUGUUUAUGGUUACAGGGCUCUUGACUAUGGAUGAUGCAAUGAAAAGGUGGAAAUAUCUAAGAGACUGUUAUGUGCGUUACAAACGGCAAAUAAACACGUAUGUUCCAAGUGGAUCUGCUGCACAACCGAGUAAAAAACAGAAAGUAUUCCGCUUUUAUGAAGUCAUGCAGUUUAUCGAUGAUCCAUUGGAAAGUGCACGGUAUAUAUUUAUAUAUAUUCAUAAAUUAUUAAUGAUAAAUAGUGUAAAUACUAUUACUAAUAACCAAAGAAACAUUGAAAAGGCUCGUUCUGAAUACAAAUCGAAGUAUCGAUAUAAGGGCCGUAACGAGCGACACUGGAUGUUCGUGUGUGUGUAUAUAUAUAAUACCGGCCUAUAAUUAUAUUUAAAAUAUUUAUACAAAGUGACCCUACCAAAAAUUGUUAAAUCGAACAAAAAGUCUUAAAAAUAAUAUCAUUUAU